AUGACCUUCAUUGAAGUCAGUUCAUUCAGAUAUUUUAUUAUACAUUUAGUUAAACCUUAUCCUAUAAUGGAUGCGAAAUAUGUUAUUAUAGUGUUAUUCAUUGUAUUUGAUAUUGUUACAACCCAAGUUGUGAAAGAAACAAGUAUUAUCGUAUGUGAAAAUUUCCAGAAAGUAAUAAAGUGUCCUGGCAAACAAAUUAAAAUAAAUUACGCUUUUUUUGGUCGUGCAAAUGAGGUAGCCUGUUCCAAUUCCACGAGUAAUUCUGCUUCAUGUACUACCAACGGUGUAUUUGCAAAAGUAUUAAGCAUUUGUUAUGGAAAGGAGUCCUGUGAAUUAACAGCAAAGACGUCUGUUUUUGGAGACCAAUGCCAUAAAACUUCAAAAUAUCUUCAAGUAGAUUAUCAGUGUGAGGCAAUUCCAAAGAGUCUUAUAAUUUGCGGAGGAUACAAACAUUCGCUAAGGUGUCCACGUCAACAAAUUGAAAUCGUAAGAGCAUUUUAUGGACGAAGUAAUGCAGUUAUUUGCUCUGAUGGACACAGCCAAAGUGUAUCGUGUAGUGCAAAAGGAGUUAAACAGAAUUUAGAAGGUGUAUGUCAGGGGAAAGAUUCAUGUGACGUUACAGCAGACGCUAAUAUAUUCGGUGAUCCAUGCUCAGGAACUUCUAAAUAUCUAUCAGUUGACUACAAAUGCAUAGAUCUGCCGGUCGAAGAGGUGUUAAUUUGCGAAGGCUUUACCAAAAAUAUUCGAUGUCAGGAUGGCCAACAUCUAUAUAUACAUCGUGCUUUCUAUGGAAGAUCUAACUCUGUGACUUGCUCAGAUAGUCGUGCGCAGCAGAUUUCAUGCUCCAUGCCAGACGUAUUUUCUGCUAUAUCGCAUUGGUGUAAUGGUGAAAGGGAAUGCACAUUAGCAGCAUCUAAUCGCACAUUUGGUGAUCCAUGCCCUCAAACGUCAAAGUAUUUAUCCUUGCAGUAUUCAUGUCAAGACGAUAAAAACAUGAAAAACGCAUGUACUCCAUCAAAAUGUAAACACGGCGGAACUUGUAUAAAUGAUGCUAAAAGUUCUAGAUGUGCAUGUAAAACUGGUUACACUGGAAGUUUUUGUCAAACAGAUAUAAACGAGUGUGAACCUUCUCCUUGUAUGCAUGGUGGAAGAUGUAUAGAUGGAGUUGGUAGUUACAGUUGUACAUGUUUACCAGGUUUUACUGGCGUCAGAUGCGAAAAAGAUGUUAACGAAUGUGAAUGUUCUCCUUGUAUGAACGGUGGUACAUGUAUAGAUGGAAUUAAUAGUUAUAGUUGUAGAUGUACAUCAGAUUUUACUGGCGUUAGAUGUGAAAAAGGGAGUCCUGGUAUCGGACACGGAAUUUCAAACAAUAAUAUAAAUGCGAUUAAAAAUUUGCGCAAAGAAGUUGAUAAAGGUGGUAAAAGGAUAACAUUAUGCCAAGGCAGUAAGAAAAUAUUUGGGUGUCCAAAUUCGACCCGUAUUUCUAUAACAGAUGCUAAAUAUGGACGCACCACUACACAUACCUGUCCGGAUACGCCAAGAAAAGCAUCAAGCUGUGAAACAGAUAUUACAAAAGAAAUGGCUAACAUAUCUAAUAACCAACAAACUUGUAAUGGAGAAGUAUUUCAACAACAAUGGUCAGCUGCUGCAAAUAAUGCUUGUCUAGGAACUAUACCUUAUGUUACACUUACAUAUGUUUGUAAGUGAUCAGCUCUAACUUUUGUCGUGAUAAAACAUGUUUUACUUUUAUCUUGUAGGGAAAUAUAAUUCCUUAAUUUUCCGUUAUGUUAAAUUUAUUCUUACAAUAAAAUUAACGGUACCAAU